ACAGGUCUUCCAGUGGCGAGUUAUUGGAGGAAAACAUACUAUUUUACCCAGGACCAUAAAAAAAUCAGUCUGUAAUUGACACACCUGAGCAAAAAUAAAUGUUAGGAAUGCUAAAAAACAGAAGGUGAGAAGCGCUUGGUUUGUCUAAUCUUUAAAAUGUCUCCUCUCCACUUUCGAGGCUGUUUGAUUGGAGGGAGCGAACGCACCUUUAGUAGCUGAAACCAGAGAGUGCAUCAUUCCAUUCAAGCGAUUAGGAGUUUUAGCUAUAGGUUUUGCUCAGCUAUAAGUUUGAAGUGGGUUGGAAGACAUUAGAGUGUGUGUUUAUUGCAUAAGUAUAGGAGCAACUACUGUCCCAUCAUGCCUCGGUCUUUCUUGGUGAAGAAAGUCAAAUUGGACGAUUUUUCGGCUGCAGAGCUGGAGAGCUCAUAUGGUCACAGCAGAAGAGAAGCACUAAGUCUGCAAUUCCAUCAUCGUGACAAAGGCUAUGUCAGUGAUUAUCUGAGUCCAUCUCCUUAUGAUGAUGUGGUGGGAAGUGACUCAUCUGUCAUCUCUAAAGUACCGUCCCCUGACCAUCCGUCAAUCAUCUAUAGCCGCAUCGACGACACCUAUUCUGGCAUCCAUGGUGAUAUCCAUGGUGAUUCGGACCAGCCGGACAGCCCGCGGUCGGAAGUUUCGUCAUCAGCUGGUGGAUACAUCAACGGGGAUGCGGCCGUGAGCGAGGGAUACACAGUGGAUGCGUUUUUCAUCAUGGAUGGACGAUCACGGAGGAAAUCCACAGAUAACCCCAAAGGAACCAUUCAGAGGCACACCUGCAGCGAGUGCGGCAAAACCUACGCUACAUCCUCCAACCUGAGCCGGCACAAGCAGACGCACAGAAGCAUAGACAGCAAGAUGGCCAAGAAGUGCCCCACAUGUGGAAAAGUCUACGUUUCCAUGCCUGCGAUGGCUAUGCACCUGCUGACCCACGACCUCAAGCAUAAGUGCGACGUGUGCGGCAAAGCAUUCAGCCGGCCGUGGCUACUGCAGGGCCACAUGCGGUCACACACGGGAGAGAAGCCGUUUGGGUGUGCGCACUGUGGCAAAGCGUUUGCUGACCGGUCAAACCUGCGUGCUCACAUGCAGACACACUCAGCUUUCAAGCACUACAAGUGUAAACGAUGUGACAAGACGUUUGCACUCAAGAGUUACCUGAACAAGCACUACGAGUCGGCAUGCUUCAAGGGGGCUUUCUCCCCUCUAAGCUCACUGGGGGAAUGAUGGAUUUAGAAAGGUUGAUUUCUUUGUUUAUUUAAAUCAGAUUUGACUUGCCUCACCCCCUACUUUUCCUGCUUUCCCCAACAAGAAGACCAGUAUGCCCGAGCACUGUAAGGGAGGAGUGUUUUCUCUGCAAGGAUCAUGAGGCAAAUUACAAAAAUAGAUUGAGGACAUGUCCAUUUUUAUCAAGACCCUCCAAUCCCUUGUUUGCCUCCUCUUUUCUCAUCUGGAAGUGGAGCAAACAUUUUUCGAUGCUUGAUUUAGAUUGCCACCUGCUUCGAUAAGAUACAUCCCCUUCCGUGGCUGAUUCGAGUAUCUGUGAAGAUAAAUAAAGCACACCACAUCUAGCUCAUCGUUUUUGAAGAAACUUAGAUCUAUUUAUGUCCAUAUCCAUCCUAGUCCCUCUUUUUUUUCAACCUAUGACGAAACAACACUAAAGCACAAUUCCUUCCUCACCUCUCUCUUUCUGUGACAGGAAUAUCACAUGAGUUUAAAGCAUGAAUCACAUUUUCAGUUUUCUUGCAAAGAGAUUAAAUUAACUUUUAUAUUUAAUGUUUUUUUUAAACAAACAUUCAUUAUCUAAGGAUACAUCUGGUAUCCUGGUGAAACUGACCUUGGACUGACUUUAUAUGGAGAUAAAGCAUCAAAACAAAGAAAGCACACUGCAUUUGUUCUCUGCAAGUAAACAAAGUAUGUGUAAGUUUGUUUUACACUAGUGACAUGCUUUGCCUCCUGUAUACUGUGCUGGCUAAAGACACAUCCACACUGAACUGUGAUGGAAAUAUAUAUAAGUACAAACCUUCCAUAACAUGGUAGGUUUUUUUGUGAUUUUUCUUUAAACCAACGUCUUAAACGGACACAGACAUACAAGCUGUUUUAUUUUCUUUUUGACUUAUUUUUGGCAUUUGUGCUUUACUUGACAAUAAACAGUGGGACGUUAAAGGGAAUUAAGGAGAAAAACUGGACUUCCAUGGCUGAAAACUCCCACUGAGCCACCAGGGAAUUCUUUAACAAACAGUGUUUUCCGACAACCUAAAUCUGAUGCUAUUAUUUUUACUUCAAUGUCAGAUGAGGAUCCCGACAUUAAAAAUGUCCUGAUUUUCCUCAAAAGGUCAAACCUUUUUUAAGUGUUGUAAAAUAGUGUUUUUGUUGCCAGUGGGACACAGUAUUCAACUUUGAGGUUGUUUUUUUAUGUCUAUUUAUUGCCUAAUUUAUUUAUUUAUUUAUUCUCAUGUUUUUGUAGAUGUAUUAAUUUUGCACUUUACUUUUUUGCCUUUGUUACAAAUAUGCCAAAGCAUUUGACACUUUUUAAUUACUGAAUACCUUUUUACUUUUGUCCGCCACUUUAAUUAUAAAAAAUACUGCAUGCAAAAAAUGACAAUAGCCUAAUAAUGGAAUCUAUGCCAAUUUUAUGAAUCUUUGGGAUAUUUUGCCAAACCUCUUAGAUAAUGGGCAAAGUAAGCAAAUUUCUGUCUUGGGCAAUAUUUCAUUCAUAUCCGAUAGAGCAAUAAUGCAUGAUAUUUUUGAAGAGACGUGAGUCAUAACUGCUUGUAACAUCUUGAUUUUUUCAAGUACCACUAUUCUAUGUAGUUAUGAGAAAUGAAAUUUCAGGGAGUUAACAAACCAAGUUAGUGUUAAAUAUGGAGGGUUGGGUUAAGAGCUCUGUAUUUGGAGGGAUUGUGACACUGUUGUGAUUCUUUGAGGCUUUCUCCUGUGACUUCUGUGAUUGUGAAGUGUUUGAACAGUUCAAAUUAGCGAGAACUGAGAGUCAGUUGUCCAAUCUCUGCUAAUUUAGUAUGUAAUAUUAUUUAAAACAAUUGCCUCUUAGUUAUAAGUCUAUCUUGGCAUCAUUAGCUUGUCAACAAGCUAAGCAUGAGGAGUUGGUGGUGCUUCCAAGGAUUCACACAGAUGGCACGACUCCUUUAGGUGGAGGGCUCUGGGUUGGGUUGGGACGGAUCUUUUUGUACAUGGUUUAUGCACUGCCUGCCUCGUAUUAUUAUUCUAAAAUAUUGUAGAAAGUAGAAGGUACUACCAUAGGCCUCUGGUGCUGAAACAUGGAUGAAAACACAAACCCAGAACAAGAACCAUUGAGAGUUUGGCAACAGCAGGUGCUAAAUGUGGAGCUCUUAGACCCUCAGUAGUCAUUGAGCAGGUCCCUGCUUGUCCCUUGUGAGGUUUUAAUCAGUGAUAAAAAAGAAAUUUCCUCCUAUGAUUGGGUCAAAAUCCCAAAAGAUAUGUGCUCUCUUCUCAGUUUGAAUCCCAUCAAAAAAAGCAGUUCUGGCUCUACACGAUGUUAAUUCACAAACUCCAUAUGAGGACUCUGGAGCAAACAACACUCAUCAAACCGCCUGCACAAUUUCAGGUUGUUUUUUAUUUCCAUCAUCUCUGGCUGUUGUGAGGUUGUUGUGGCGAUCCCCAAUGCAAUUAUAAGGAUUGUUGAAAAAGAAGAGAAGACAUUUGGUCAAUAUUUCAGCACCAGAGUGCAUCAACAAACACUUAGAUUCUACUAUGAACUACUGUAGCCUACUAUAGCCACAAGCUAGUUUACCUAUUCUUAUAUAAAAGCACUUCCUGUUACGAAUUAUAUCUUACAACUUUUUUUGUUCAAAGAUAGUAGCACAAUGAAAGAGUUUAGAUUCAGGUAGACAAUGCCUUGUAUGUAGAAAUAACCUCUUUUUCCUUUUUCUACUAUGAUGAAUCAAAGGUAAAAACAACAACAAAGAUGCUGAAAUAACACAGGCUGAGUUGUCCUUAAAUAACACAUGGAAACAUGCUUUAAAAUGACACAAGGUAUUAAAGGACACCUGUAUUUCACGUUGUGUCAUUUUUCAACAUAUUCGCGUGAGAGCAUCUUCACCACACCUUUUUUAAAAGUGAAUGAAAACUCGACUAUUUUCCGGAAAGAGGCUUUGUAAAUAAGCACGGAUGUGACUUUGGAGUCCGAUUAUUUCUACAGAUCUGUAUAGUAUAGAGUGACAGUGCCGAUGAUGAUGAUGAUGAUGAUGAUGAUGAUGAUGAUGAUGAUGAUGAUGAUGAUGGUGAUGAUGAUGGUGAUGAAUUUUUCUGGAGCUUUCUGCUUUGUAUUAAGUUCUUCCUUUGAGGUUUUUUGGGACCUCUUGUGGCGGUUUGAAACAAUGUAAAGCACAAAGACAACACUGGGCAUUUUGUUUCACUUCCUAAAUAAAAACUAGUUUAAAAAUG